AACUCUCUUUUCACGAUAGUCCAGUCAGAGUUCAGCACAGUUCAUCCGUCCAUCCACCUCAACCGCUCAUCCUAACAUCAUGUCUGACGCCCCCGCCGCCCCGGUCACCGAAAACGGCGCGCCUCCUGUUACCGAGGAAAACAAGGCCCCGGAGACCCCGAACUUCAAGGUCUUCGUUGGCAACCUCGCGUAUUCAAUCACGGAUGAGGGGCUGAAGACGUUCUUUGCGCCGUUUCAGAGCGACAUCCUGUCCGUGCAGGUUAUCCAGCGCGGCUCGCGCUCUGCCGGCUACGGGUUCGUCGCUUUUGGCACUCAAGAAACGGCGCAAAAAGCCGUCGAGGCUCUUAACAAGAAAGACCUCGAGGGCCGCGAAGUAAUUGUCGAGCUGGCCAAGCCCGCGGAGGAGAAGGAGAAGGAGAAGAAGGAGCGCAAGGCCAAGAGGCGAACCGGCAGGCGUGGCAGCAAGGCUGUCCCCGGGGAGGUCUCGGAGGCCGAGGCCAACGGCGAGAAAGCUGAGGGCGAGCCUGCUGCCGAGGGCGAUGCUUCCAAGCCCAAGAAGAAGAAGAAGAAGGCCAAGAAGGCUAAGGCCGCGAACGGCGAGGCCGCCGAGGGCGCUCCUGCUGGCGAGGCUGCUGCGUCUGGCGACGCGGCGGCCCCCAAGAAGGAGAAGGCCAAGAAGAAGAAGGCGCCACGCCCUCCUCGCCCCGCGGGCGAGGACCCCGUCGGCGAGCCGUCCAAGACCAUGCUCUUCGUCGCGAACCUCGGCUUCAACGUCGACGACGCCGGCCUCUCUGCCCUCUUCACCGAAGCUGGCAUCAAGGUCGUCAGCGCGCGCAUCGUCCGCCGCCGGUGGGGCAAGCCCCGCAAGAGCAAGGGCUACGGCUUUGUCGACGUCGGCAGCGAGGAGGAGCAGAAGAAGGCGAUCGAGACCCUCCAAGGCAAGGAAGUCGGUGGCCGCGCCAUCGCUAUCAAGGUCGCCGUCAACAGCCCCCAGUCCGACUCGGAGGGCGAGGGCAAGGCCGAGGGUGCCACCAAGGCCGAAGACGCUCCCGCUCAGGCUGCCCCUGCUCCUGCCGCCGCCGCCCCGGCCCCCGCUGCUGAGGCCGCUCCCGUUGCCGCAUAAAGCGACUCACCUCCCCCCAUCCGCCCCCGUUACUGGUCAUCUCACCCGCUCACCUCCCCACUCCUCGACUGCGUUCAGUUAAGUAUGUAUCGCUUUUGUGGCAGUGAUUCGUGUUUCGUACGUUCGUCUCCCUCACGGUCCAUGGGCCUAUAUAUGCCGGUUCUUAUGCAGAAAUUCCUAACGGUCCAUGGACUCUGUUACACUUCACUGCUCCAGUCCAUAUAGCGGUCUGAAGCCGUCCCCUUUAGUUCGUUAAUUACUUCGUGUCGAUGACCAUAACGACACCCUGAUGAUGCUAAUGUAUGCUGCUAUUCUCACUCUUUACUGGAAUAAAUUGGUCUGGAGUACAAGGAA